GACUGGAAGGGUGUCUGUCUCUUUCUGUCUCGGCCGUUUACCCCCCCUUCACUUAGGACCCCUUCCUCUGUAAUCAGGGACCUUAUCACUGCUCUGCUCAGCCACCGUCCCUCGGGAGGUGCUGGACAAGCCAGCGAGGGGAAUUUACCAGGAGGAGAAUGACCCAAAGUCCAGCUUGCAGGCAUUUUACAUAAGUGAUUUAUUAUUUAGGCAUUUUUCUUUCUUCUCAAAAAACAAAUACAGUGGAGAACAACUACUUCAGCUCAGGGCGUGGCCUUUCUCUCCUCUGAAGAUGAGGCGGCACCGGUUGUUACCGUUCUGUGCGCUUCUGGGCGUCCUGUUCGCAGGAUUCCUCCCAAAACUCGAUGCUCAGGAAGUCUUGGUUGUUGGAAAACGAGACAUCAUUUUCCUUAUGGACAGUACCAUGGGUGCAACGCUAGUCAUCUCUGUGCGCGAAUUCAUCAAGCGGUUUAUCGACAGCAUGCCAAUUGGUCCCGAUGAUGUUCAAGUGGGUGUGGCCACGUUCGGAAAUAUCCCUCGCCUCGAGAUGGAUCUCAACUCCCAUGGAUCCACAGAAGCCUUGACUGCUGCCUUGUUCUCCAUCAAACCAAGACCUGGACAGAGUGUCAAUAUUGGAGCAGCUUUGGAGUUUGUGCGAACCCAAAUGAUAGCUCCUGAGAAGGGAAGUCGUUAUCAACAGGGGAUACCGCAACUUUUACUGCUGUUGACCAGUAAAAAGUCCAAUGACAGUGUGGAAGCACCUGCCAUGGAAUUGCAACGCAUGGGUGUCCUGUCCCUGGCCGCAGGCUCCAAGGCUGCUGACGAGCAGGAGCUGAGGCAGAUCGCCUCUACUGACAGCCUCGUGUUCAUGCUGAGGGACUUCCGUGGACUGCUCCGCCCACCCAUCCCAGAUCCAAUCAUUGGUGCACUCUCCACUCUAGCUGGGGUGGUUGUGACUGAAGUACCCACAGAGCCAGUCUUGGCUGUUGGAAAACGAGACAUAAUUUUCCUUAUCGACAGUACCAUGGGUGCAACGCUAAUCAACUCUGUGCGCGAAUUCAUCAGGCGGUUUGUCGACCGCAUGCCAAUUGGUCCCGAUAAUGUCCAAGUGGGCGUGGCCACGUUCGGCAAUAACCCUCGCCUUGAGAUGGAUCUCAACUCUCAUGGAUCCAGAGAAGCCUUGACUGCUGCCUUGUUCUCCAUCAAACCAAGACCUGGACAGAGUGUCAAUAUUGGAGCAGCUUUGGAGUUUGUGCGAACCCGAAUGAUAGUUCCCGAGAAGGGCAGUCGUUAUCAACAGGGGACACCGCAUCUUUUACUGCUGUUGACCAGUAAAAAGUCCAGUGACAGUGUGGAAGCACCUGCCAGGGAAUUGCAACGAAUGGGUGUCGUGACCCUGGCCGCAGGCUCCAAGGCUGCUGACGAGCAGGAGCUGAAUCAGAUUGGCUUCACUGACAGCCUCGUGUUCAUGCUGAGGGACUUCCAUGGACUGCUCCGCCCACCCAUCCCAGAUCCAAUCAUUGGUGCACUCUCCACUCUAGUUGGGGUGGUUGUGACUGAAGUACCCACAGAGCCAGUCUUGGUUGUUGGAAAACGAGACAUAAUUUUCCUUAUCGACAGUACCAUGGGUGCAAUGCUAAUCAACUCUGUGCGCGAAUUCAUCAGGCGGUUUAUCGACAGCAUGCCAAUUGGUCCAGAUAAUGUCCAAGUGGGCGUGGCCACGUUCGGAAAUAUCCCUCGCCUCGAGAUGGAUCUCAACUCCCAUGGAUCCACAGAAGCCUUGACUGCUGCCUUGUUCUCCAUCAAACCAAGACCUGGACAGAGUGUCAAUAUUGGAGCAGCUUUGGAGUUUGUGCGAACCCGAAUGAUAGUUCCCGAGAAGGGCAGUCGUUAUCAACAGGGGACACCGCAUCUUUUACUGCUGUUGACCAGUAAAAAGUCCAGUGACAGUGUGGAAGCACCUGCCAGGGAAUUGCAACGAAUGGGUGUUGUGACCCUGGCCGCAGGCUCCAAGGCUGCUGACGAGCAGGAGCUGAGGCAGAUUGGCUUCACUGACAGCCUCGUGUUCAUGCUGAGGGACUUCCGUGGACUGCUCCACCCAGCCAUCCCAGAUCCAAUCAUUGGUGCACUCUCCACUCUAGUUGGGGUGGUUGUGACUGAAGUACCCACAGAGCCAGCGGUGACACCAGCACCCGCACAGGGAGUGAAGAGGGAUGUUGUUUUUCUCAUUGACGGGACGACAGCUGGACGUAGCGAGUUCCCUGCCAUCCGGGACAUGAUAAGAAGAGUUACGGAGAAGCUGGAUAUUGGAUUGGAUAAAGUCAGAGUUUCUGUGGUUCAGUACAGUGAUGAGCCAGUGUCCGAAUUCCUUCUGAAUGAACACUCCACCCCAGACGAGCUACGCCAGGCUGUGGCGAGGCUUCAAAGCAGAGGUGGAAACCUCCUAAACACAGGACAUGCGCUUGGGUGGGUCUCCAGACGCAUCUACCAGAGGUCAGCAGGAAGCCGCAUUGAAGAGGGUGUUCCUCAGUUCCUCAUUCUAGUUACAGGUGGCAAGUCAUCAGAUGAUGUGUCCACGUCAGCUGACCUGCUUAAGAGAAGCCAUGUUGCUCCUCUUGCCAUUGGUUCAAGGAACGCAGACCCAAAUGAACUGAGACAGAUUUCCCUGAAGCCCGAACUUGUAUUCACAGUUGACAGUUACCAGCAGCUUCCGAGAGUGGAGACCCAGCUCAUUGAAUCUGUGAAAACAAUAUCCACUGAUGAUAUCAUUACUCAUGUUCCUCAAGUGGAAGUUUCCCUGAAUCUUGGGAAGAAGGAUAUUAUCUUCCUUAUUGAUGGCUCAGACAAUACUGGUCCUGAAGGCAUCGCUCACAUCCGGGACUUCAUCCUCAAAAUAGUUCGACAACUCGAUGUGCAGCCUGAUCAAGUUCGAGUGUCUGUUGUCCAGUAUUCGGACAAAGUCAAAUCCGAGUUUUCACUCAACUCACACAACAACAAGCCCGCUGUUAUUUCUGCCAUCCAAAGACUUCGCCAGAUGGGUGGACGGUCAUCAGACCUGGCUGACGCCAUUAAAUAUGUUAUGCAGAAUGAGUUAAUACCCUCUGCUGGUGUUCGUCUGUCUGAGGCUUCCCAGCAUCUUGUGGUUCUCACAGGUGGACGUUCUUCCCAAGAUGUUAGUAUGUAUGGACCUCUGCUUAAUAACAGCCGGGUAAACUGCAUCGGGGUUGGAGCUUCAGGUGCUGACACAAGACAGCUCGGCCAAAUUGCCACCAGCUCAGAAGAUGUCCUUCACGUCCCUACUUUCCCAGGUCUGUCAGCAAUCAGGGAGAGGUUUAUUACCAGGCUGAGUGGGACUAUGCCUGAGGAAACACCCACACACGUCUACGAUUCCGACCUGCCUGCGGCUAAGAAGGCUCCUGGAGACACUUGAUUAUGAAGUGAGGGGGUAGCUGUGUGUUGGGGUGCAAGACGGUCCUAAAAGUAAUUAUCUUGGUUCAUGCUAUUACAAUUUACAAAAUAACAAUGACGUUUCAGUUUUCUUCAUGAAUUGACGUAGAUCCACUGCAGGAGCAUAUUGUUAAUUUGAUGCCUGUGGGACGUGGAAGUCGAAGAAACAUCGUGUGGGAAACAGAAAUAGCUACAGGAACUCACAACAACAACAACAACAACAGCAGUGGCUGAAGGGAAGAUUGAAAAAGGUGGGGAUUUGGAGCUUUAGAAAUAGCCCAGUGUUACUCUCUCUCUCUCUCUCUCUCCAGUUAUUCCAGUUAAAGGGUGAAUUACUUAUAUUGACCGUCAGCUGGAGCGGGACGGCUUUGUGUUUUAUAAAAAAUUUGUUGCUAUUAAUUAGUAAUUUUACCAUAUUCAUAUUAUGAUUCAGUUACACAUGAUGUGCACUAACAUUACUUCAAUUGCGAAAGCAUUUACAUUUGUCAUAAUAAUCUGAUAUUGUUAAGAUGCUUAUUCCAAUGUUGCAGGUCCUACAGCUGGUAGCUGGCCAGUCUGUAAACACUUUAAUAUCAUCUGUCACAUAUUGUUAAUGUUUUGUGAUAUUUCAUUCAUAUCUUUGUGAAGGAGAAAUGAAAAGCCAGUUUAAAUAUCUACUUUAAGGUGUGUGAGUGUGAAUGUGAAGGAAAUUAAUUCAGUCUGUAGAGAAAUGCACAAACAGUGGAUUGCAGCUGGUGACCAAGACAACUGAACUGCAAUAAGUCAUAAUUCAUCUUUUAAAAUAUACAUAUAUAUAUAUAAUUAAACGUUUUGUAUUGUCACAUAAUAUAAACAAAUUCGAAUUUGUAUUAUUUUCGGUUUUUCUGCAUAUUUAUAGCAACAAGACACUUAAAGAAAUGUGACUUUUUCUAUAUCAACAUAAUCAGUAGGUUUAUAUUCAACCUAAACUCAGAUUGUAACAAAAUUCAAAGGAACAAAAACUAUUGAUUUCUUUCUCAUUAUCUCCUCAAUCAAUUAAUGUCAGAUAACUGUAUGUUGCAUAUUCUGAAUCCAGAUGUUGAAGGAAAUUGUGUUUUUGAAGAUGAUUGAAUAAUUCACAUUAGUUUUGCGUUCAUGCAGUCGAGUGACAAAUUAAAUGAAAACGCUCAAUGAGACACAAAACCAGAGCAAAUGCUUUGGUAAAGUUUGAGAUCAGAGAAGAAUCCUAAUAGAUGAUCAUUAUAUGUCUCAACAUGAAUUCUAUUAAUUGUCUAUUUCUUAUUAAAUUAUUUACAAACGAAA